UCGACUCCGUAACAUCACCACGCGCGCGGCCGCAACUUCUGUUAACCUCCUCUCGUCUCCCCCUUCCACGAUGAGGCUGCGUCCUCUGCCGUCGAGGAGGCGACGUUGGCGUGGUCCUCCGGCUAUGGGGGUACGGACCAAGCGUGGUCCUAUUCCUCCGGAGGGGACGAUCACCAGUAUAGCUUACAAAUUGGGGAACCACGGGCUGAUUCUGCUGCUGUUGGAGACACCCUCGGGCUUUGCAAUUCUAUCUUUCGAUGGGGUCCAGCUCUAUCUACCAGGCGCCAAGGAGAAUAUCUGGUCGAACUUCGGAGCAGAAUAUAUGGCGCGAUAUAUUGUUUGGCUCAAACAAUUCAAGAAGUUCAAGGACAAGUCCAGCGCCAUUAGAUCUGACACUAGUGUUUGCAGAAGGCUGUCUAAGUUCAUCAAGAGGUGGCGCCGUCCUGGGCAGAUGUUAGUUGUUGGGAAACCUGAGUAUAAAACAAUCAUAGAAGCGAGCAUGGGCAUACCUUGCAUUUUCGAUGAAACUGUGAUGGAGGUGAUGUGGGGCGUGAAGCAUAUCAUGCAUAGUCUAGUGCCUAUGGAAAAAUCAGAGCUGACUAAGGAGGAACGCCUCCCCAUGAGUCAAGGACUAAUAAUGUUCCUGAAUCGUAAAGGCUUCGAUGUCAAACCAGAGAUGGUCAAUGAAUGUAUUGUUCUGUCAGCAUGUGCCUUGUAUGAUUGCGAUGAAAUCAAGAAGAAACAUGAUGCGUCCUUGAGGCGUGCCGGUGAGCAACUUAAGGAUGUGUCUGGCAUCAACACCCAGGGCUGGAGCUUACUGAAACUUUCAACAGCUCUGAUGCUCAUAUGUUUCUCCGAAGAAGAAAUUCUAGUUGGUGAACCGGAAGAGAUUUUUACAGCUGAGGAGCUAUCGAAUUUCCAGGAUGAUGCACACGAAUAUGACGACAAGAUCUCAAAGUACCCAUGCCGAAGAAUCUAUGAAGAACUAGUGUGUGCCUUUGAAGCUAGAGCAGCGAAUAGAAUACUUUUGACCUCCUUGGUUAAGGAGGCAAGCGUGUGUUUCUCUCCGGUACCCGAAGCUUGCAAAGUACAGCCAUCGCAUAUAGCUAAGAAUAGCAUCAAUUCAUUCGAUAACCCGCCGAGAAAAUUUGUAAUGCCGGCUCCUGCUAUUGAGCAAGUUUGUAGAACAAAGAAGACCGUGCAGCCCUCCAGAUGGGUGCGGAUGCUUUCCAACGUGAAGCUCUUGCCUCACAUGCUCACGGUUUUCAUGAAGCGGGGGCUCGGAUCCUGCAGAUUGCUGCAGGAGAUCAUGACGAAGGUACAUCGCUGGAGGAAGAUGAAGCUGUUGACAUGCAGGAAGAUUGAGAAUGUUGGUGGUACAGCUUGCUAAUACAGAGAAGAAGGUCAAGAAGUCCAUCAGCUUCGAGAUCCACGGCAGAUCGAGUGAAGUUGGCGACCAACAUGAAUCCACCGGUGCAAGCAUCGUCGAUUCUAUCGACCGACGCGAGGGUUCGCGAUUGUUUUUCUAUUUUCUUUUUGAUUGAGGGUUAGCGAUUGACUGGCUGUCUUUUUUUCUUUUAGAAACACCUGUAAUUUUACUG